AUGCGGCUCAACGCCAUCUUGGCCGUAUCGGGCAUAGCGGCAACCACAUCUGCCAUCGGCCUUCACAAGGCGGUGGACGGUCUGUUGCAAGUCACUCCUUCUUUUGCGGGCGAUGAUAUAUCGUUGCAUCCUGGGUUAGAUCCCUCCCACAACUCCAAUGACUUGGAUCAUCUCGUUGCAGGCCUUGAAAAGGUCCUGUACUAUAGCCAGGAAGGACAUCGUCCGGCUCUUCAUGGUGCAAAGCAUGCCUCCCUCGAGGCAAAGUUUGUCCGCAACACGGUCGUCUUAGAUCAGUCCGAUCAUGUCAAGAGCAUCACCUGUGAUGAAAGCGACAUGCACAUCUGCUUCGACAACCCGCUUGCAAUGGCGACAGUGGAAGCCUCCUGGCUGAUCCAGGGUGGAAUCAAUCUGGUGACUUACCAUGCAGGCUGCGGUGAUGAAAGCUCGGGAAAGCGAAGCAUCUUUCAUGCUUCUCAGCCUUUGAUCAAUCUAGUGGACAUGUGUAUUGUGGUGUCUGUCACUGCUAUCGAGGAGUCAGACGCCCUCGAUUCAGGUGUCAUGACAUGGGGCACAUACAGCGACCCAAAACAGAGAAAGAGAUCACCAACCAAGGGUCAUGUCCGUGUUACCAAGCCAACUCAGUCUUAUAACAGAGGCCGGCCGGAAUCUCCAGCAGAGCGCAAUGUUACAGAUCAAUAUGCUAGCAACGCCACUAUGGAUAUUACACUGAACCCUUGGGCAAUGGAGAACUUUUUCAACAACUCCAACCUCGAUACAAGUCAUAUGGGUGAAGAGAUUGACACUAUGGACUUCAUCGACAUAGAUGAUCUUGAGGUCCCUGCCGCACGCACGAACAUGACCCGGAGGUCCUCUACACGCCGCCGAGCAGAGCGAACCAAGAAAACCCAGACUGAGGUUUCAAGACGCACUUCAUCUGAGCUCAGUCGACGAGACAUAUUCACUGAUAUUUGGAAUGGACUUAAAGAUCUAGGCCGGAGAAUUGGAAAUUUCUUCAAAAGUGCAUUCGAAUUCAUCAAAAAGGUUGGCGACCAAAUUAUUGAACUUGCAGUCAUCACCGCAAAGUUGAUUCUGGUGCCGUUUGGUGUCCCAUUCGAUCACACAUACCAUAACGACAUCAAAAUUGACUCAUACCUCAAGAGUGACUUUGGUCAUACUCCACCUGAAAUUUUUGGCAUGAAGGACGGCUAUACACUUGCUAGCUCUGACAACUAUGACGAUGAUGAUGCGUUCCAUUGGACAGUUCAGUGCGCUAAAUGUGGCAUUCACGUCAAUAUUGACAUUGAUGGCCGGUUAGCAUUUAGCAUCAAAGACGGUAUCACCGAAGGCAGUAUCUCUUUUGUCAAUAACGAUCCUCUGACCCUGGAUGCUCAGUUUGGAAUCAGCGCCGACGGCACAAAGAGCAAGUCCAAGGAGAAGAAGAAGACCAUCAAGCCAAAGAAGACCAUUAAGCCAAAGAAGAGCAAGGACCUUAAGAGCAUACCUUUUGGUGGUUUGGUCAUUCCAGGUAUUCUCACGCUUGGUCCUCAGGUGACCUUCGGCGUAGCAGUCAGUCUUGAGGCCGAGGGCAAAGUUGAAAUCCUUGUUGGUGGAACCAUUUCCGUUGGAGCAGGACACGCCAUUGCCAGCUUGAAAGGUAAAAACGAAGUCAAAGGGUUUGAACCCGGGUUUGACCCAGUUUUCCGUGCCGAGGGUGAAUUUUCGCUCACUGGUGACAUUGGAUUGCCUGUGGCGCUUGAGGUUGGGCUUACUGUUCUGGAUGGGAAAUUCAAGGAAACAGUUGGGCUCGUCAACACACCUUCUGUCUAUGUCAAGGCAACUGCAAACUUGGAACUCGAGGCCCGCGAUGACGAUGAGGAGAGCACCUGUAAAAAUGGUGUUCAAUUACAGGUUGGUGCCAAAAACCGUAUCCACGUUGCUGGAUUCGACGUUUUCGAAUAUGAACUUGCAGACAUACCAAUCUUCGAAAAGGACCUAGGCUGUGUCAAUGUCGACGGCUUCAAUGCCGGGACAGCGAAGUCAGCAGACGGACUUAUCAAGAAGGUCACCAAGGAAACUGGCGACGCUGGGGCAGGAAAGCCUGGCAUUACCGACGCUACUCGCACUUUCAAAAAGGUUGACGGCGCUCAAGGCUUCAGAAUUCUCAUGGCCGCCGACUCUGGCAGCAUUGUGGUUUCUGGAACGAAUGGUGGUCUCUACCUCGUUGACAAGAGCGCAGGUUAUGAUGUCAGCGCACCAUGGGGCACUCUCGAUACCAAAGCAAAGCCAUUGACACUUGAUGUCUUUGGGCGUGUUCUGGCAUAUAAGUUUCUCCCGGCUCCUAAAGAUAGUGACUUUGUGAGCAGAAAUGCUCCCCUUGUGGCCGACUUGAUGGUCUCGGAUCCACAGACCAUUCCUGUGGGGUACAAAGCUACGGCGAUGAAAGAGCUGGAAUCAUCCGAUUCUAAGAAGACGUAUGGCAUACCCAUGGUGUACGACAACGCUUUGCGCAAGAUCACUAAGCCCAUGUAUUAUCCCACGGCCUGCAAAACUCCUUUGGGAACAAUGUUGAUUGCGACUCGCGAGAUUAUCACUAAGGAUGGACAUGUCAAGUCGGUUUGGAGGCCAAGUCAAAAUUUCGCAGAGCAGAUGGACCGUGAGCUCAUGAACCAUUUCGGUCUUUACAGAAAAGAGUGUAGAACGAUCCAGUUGAUUGCUAGCAGCUAG